UGAUUUCAAUUCGACCAAGGUUCAACCAGUGGUUCAACCGGAAUCCUUAGUUCAGCAUUUGUAUGAAGAAUUGGAGUGUCAAAAUAAUACUGCAAUAAAAGUUUGAUGGGAUAUGAGUAAUAAUUGUUACGAUAUGGGCUGAAUGUAUUGUUACAUGAUAUUUUGAUUUUAAUUCUACGUAUGACGUGUCGAAUCAUAUUAUCAUGAGAUAAAUGUCAAAGAUAUCCUGUCGUCAGAAAAUAAAUUAUCACAUAAAUAAUGUUAUUGUACAUUUUUCCCGGGAUAAUUGGUAGUUUCGCUGUGUUGUUAUAUUGGCCUGGAUUGAUAUGGUCCUGUUUUUACGCAUUUUUCAUAUUCUCCUGUUGUUUGUUUGGCAUGUUUGCUGUUAUACAAGUACACAUCGCUUUGUCACCAAAGCAUCUAACUGGAUUAGGUGCUGCAAAGACGAUUGCGGAUAUGGAUGCAUUUCGUAACAUGAUUAUGGUACAUGACAAAAAGGAUACGAACCCAAGCUACCAACUGCUCGAAAACAAGUUCGAUAUCCCUUAGUUUUUACUCGAAUGGUGGAUGGAGCAAUGCAGAAUUUACUUGAUCUUGCAUUCAGAGAUUUUGUUGGCUCUUGGCUUGAAGAGUUAGCUUUUGACUCGGAUCAAGUAAUUGACGAUAUGAAACAGGAUGUUUGGGGAGCUGUCCAAAGUCUACAUGACAGAAUGGCACGCGUUGAUCAUACCAAGCUUGUAGCUUGUGAUUUAGUCAACAAACUUACUUUUCAUUUUGAAAAAAUUCGCAUAGCUCAAGCUGCAGCAAUGGAAGGUGAAGAUCCGGUGUUCAUUCUAUCGGCACAUCUUAUGUCUCCAGCUGCUGAAUUAGAUUAUCUUAGAUUGGUCAGUGAAGUAUGCAUCAUGUUUUUUUUACCACGCAGUUACUCUCUCUCCCCAGCUAAAUUCCUUCUGAGAGAAGUCAUUACUUGUAAAAUUCUCAAACCAGCGAUAGAUUUAAUAACAGACCCUGACUACAUAAAUCAGAAAAUUCUGCUGUAUAUCGAACAGCAGCAAUUGACGGAAGCAAUGCACAAGAAAACAUACGAGUACGCCGAAUCAUUUGAAGAUUUUAUUCAAAUGAUAAAAAACUCAAAUGAACUAGAAGUCUUGAAACAUAUCAGAUACAAUAUAGUUACUGAAAUCAUGCAAGCUACAACCAUACAAAACGUCAAAAGAGCUCAAGGCUUAGAUCCUGAAAGCAAUAAUCUUGGUAAAUCUGAUGUGAUGCAGGCAAAAAAAUUAAAAAGAUAUAUCAGUCAAUUAACAUAUGCCAAAAACAUUUGUGAACAUCACAUGCAAGCUUUGGGUUGGAACGACUAUCCUGUGCAGGAAUGUGAUAUAUCAGAUCCAGCAGCAGUGGCAGAUGGACGAAUAGUACCCUUACAGGUAAUUCUGGAUAAUGUAACCGGUCGGCGUUACUUAUCUCAGUUUUUAGAGCAAGUAGCCAGUCAAGGUUUGAUUGGUUAUUGGGCAGCUGUACAAGAACUACGCGCAGCUGAAAGAUCAAAUUGGCAUCAAUUGGGUGCAGAAAUAUUUUAUACAUACAUCAGAUCUCCUACUGCUGAAAUCAAAGUGGAUAAAAAUGUUAGAAAGAAAAUGGAAGGCUUUUUACUCGGAGAUAAAGGCCCAGAAGUUUUCUAUGAAGUUCAAGAGAGUGUUGUCAGGACUCUGGAAGAAAAAUAUUAUCCUUCAUUCCUGGUCAGCGAAUGUUACAAAAAAAUGCAAGAGGCAUUGAUCAAUGAGAGAGCUGAUGGUCUUUCGGAAGACUGUCAAUUAACGGAUGGAACAAUAUCUGAAACCUCAUCGCUACUGGUUGGUGAACAUUCGAAUUAUGCUCGUAGUAAACUUGAUCAGUUGCAAGAGAAGCUGAGCAAUAAAAUGCAGGCAUUACAAGCACUUAGAUCAUCACUUAAACCAGAAAGUAGGGUUUUGAGUAUUUUGGAAAAAGAGGUCGAGUGGUUACAAGGAGAGAGAAGGCAAUUGGAAGCUCACUUAACUCAUACAGAAAUGUGGGCUGAACAUUUGGGACAUUGGACUGCAGACGUUCAGAGCGCAGAGUUACCAGACAAUGGUGACCCACCACAAUUUGUACUCGUUGUGCACAUGGCUGAGGAUGAAAAUAACGAAGAAAGUAUAUCAAUGGGCUGGGUUGUACUAAGAAGAUUGCCUGAAUUCCAAGAACUCCAUAGAAAAUUACGUCAAUUGUGUUCGAAUGUAAGAAAUCUUGAACUUCCAUCUCAACCGCUAAAGUUUUUUGGGAAGUCGGACAAAAACAGUUUGGACAAAGCAAAGUUGCAGAUUCAAAAAUACUUGAAUUAUGUUUUGGAAGAUGAUCGUUUGAAUCAAAGUGAAGCUCUAUAUGCCUUUCUGAGUCCAAGUUCUGAACACUUGAAGCACACGGCUCCAUCUCCAAAGAAAUCUCGUUUCUCUCUGUCAACACUGUUCAAAACUAGUUCGGGAGGUAGCGGUGAUUCCAAAGAAAAGGAUGACGAAGAAGAUUAUUCGUUAUUGCUGGAUGAUGGAGAGGGAGGUCGUAUGGGUAAUUCCGAUGGAUUAGGUCCUGGUAAAGAUGCGAUAGCAGAACCACUCUAUACUUUAUUAGGAGAAGUCUUUGAUCUAAGAGGAGUAUUUCGAUGGCUUAGACGAUCAUUAAUUACUUUUGUACAAAUCACUUACGGUCGUACGAUAAAUCGUCAAGUGAGAGAAACAGUAGGCUGGGUGUUUUCUGAGCCAAUGUUACAUUACUAUAUACAAUUGUUCACCAAGUCAUGGUGGCCAAACGGCCAAUUGGGUACAGAGAACAACGUACGGUCUGAUGAGGAGAAACUCAAAACCCGAGGAGAGGCUCGCAGACAGUUUCUGAAUAAUGUACCUGGAGUCCUGACCAAUCUUGUCGGAGCUCAAAGUGCUCAGCGUGGAGCUACCAAAGUAUUUGAUUCCUUGCAAAAUGUUUAUCUCAACAAGCAGUUGUUUUAUGAUAUUUUUGAAGUGCUGAUGUAUGAGGUAUUUCCGGAGUUGCAUCAAAAAUAGAGGUGUGUAGUUGGUUCAAAUGAAAUAAUUGGAAGAAUGAGUAAUAGUAAGUAUCUUAUUCUACACUUUAAUUAUUUAAUCCGUACAAUUUAUUUGGCUUCAUACUAAUAUCGGAUCGCAUUGCUUAAUAAUUUUUUACCCAUACCAUUAUAUUUGUUUUUUGCUAAAUUUAACUUUGCCAUUGAUUGCUCUGUACAAUUGUACUCAAAUUUAGUCUGUUUUCUCCACUCCCAUGAUCAGUGGUACCCAUAUCAUUGCUCCACGAAUGAACAAUCACUGCACUGGAGUGCUUUAUAUCGAAAUUGAAUACUUUAAAUAAGCAACUGUCGUCAGUAUUAAAAUUUUAGAAGGACCUUUAUAUUUCGGAUACUCCAUGAUCCAUGCAGGAUAAGUAAUAAUAUUUUAACGUUUGCCGUGACAGUAUAUCAUGCCAUUUGAAUUAGUUAUAAUUAUAUUCUUUUGGUUUGCAAAUCAGCCUCACAAGUUCACUUCAAUAAACUUCAAUAAAUACGUAAAUUAUUAUUCUACUAUGAUUUUAUUAUUAUAGUAUAUCGUAAAUUUGAUGUAAAUGUUAUACAUAUGUAUCAUAAUGUUAUUGAACAGGAUUACGGUUAGUCCGCUAUCCUUUGUUUUGAUACACCGUGUAAAUAAUAUCAACGUUAGCUUCUAAUUCAGAACAUACCAAAAAUCGUUAGCAGGACGUGAACUUCUAAUUGCUAAUCAAUCUAACUAAUGAUCUAUACUUUGAUAUACAUAUAUAUAUAUAUUUUUUUUUCGUAAUACAUACUUAGUUUUUGUAUUGAUACUGAAUGACAGUGAAGCAUUCGCUAUGGAUUGUGAUUCGACCUUAUAGUUGAAUAGAGAGAUCUAUUUUCAAGCUAUGGUCGUAGACUAUGCGUUUUGUGUCUGGUACAAUAUGAAUAUUGUUAAUCACUUUUACCACUCCAUAUAUCAGGCCAAAUAGGGAAGACUGUUGAAUAUUAUAUUAUUAUUGCGUUGUAGUGCAUUCAUUUCCAAUGCAUUUUAUGUGUGCGUUUGAGAACUAAACUGUUAUAAACGGUCACUUUGACGAUUGUACCUUCAUCGUACAAAUAUUCCUGACCACACAAUUAUUUUGGAGUCAUGAUACGCGAUUAAUUGAUGAUUACUCGAUCGAUUGCAUGAGUAGAUGAUUUUAGCUUUCAGAUUUAGAUUUCGGAGCUGAUUAUACGUGAAAUUACUCUUGAAAAAAAAAAAAAAAAUCGAUUUUUGAGCA